AUGCCGACAAUAAAAGAAGAAGACGCAGACAGUGGGCUAGAUCUUACAGGCAGUGCACCGAAUGUCGGCUCCCAAGAAUCGGAACCAAAGAAAGAUGACGACACGGUUACUAAAAGCCCCGAGAAAAAGACUCUUGCUAGACCCCAGGAUGUCGAAGCAGACGAUGACGACGAGGAAUUAGAUGAGACUUUGACAGAAAGACUAAUCGGUCUGACUGAAAUGUUUCCAGAAAGUGUACGUAAUGGAGUUGGGUGGAUUCUGGAGAAUUCCUGGGACGGAGUCAAGUCCGCUUACGGAUUCAGCCGAAAAGCUUUGUGGAUCGGCAUGGUGACUGUUCUGAUAACUGUCGUGCCAGCGCAGUUAGAGUUGGAAAGGAUGAACAUGGCGAAUCAACAAAAGCAGCAGGAGCGACAGAUGUUGCUGGGCCCCCACGCCGCCUUUUCAAGCAGCAAUGUCCCUCAAAAUGCGAUGCCAAUGAUGGCAAUGCCUGGCGGACCUCCUCCGCCUCAGUGA